AUGUCAACAAAAUUUCUUUCAAAACUAAGCCAAAAUUUUAUUGAAUUAUUGGCGGAUGAUGAAUAUUAUGACGUUACAAUUGAAGUCGGAGAAGACCCUAAUGUGAAAAUCUUUCGUGCCCAUAUGAAUAUUUUGUGUUACCGUUCUCCAUAUUUACGACGAACCUUGGCUUCUAAUAAAAAGAAUAAAGAUAAUGCUUUAGCUCAUAUUAAAUUAUCAAAUAUAAUGUAUAUUUAUUGUGGUAUUCUUUCAUUGAACGAACAAGAUAAUUCAGAAAUUUUUAAAGUAUUAUUAGCUGCAGAUGAACUCCUUAUUCAAGAAUUAGUUGAUUAUUUACAAAAAUAUUUAAUUGAAAAUAAAACCGAGUGGAUGGAACAACAUUUUGAACUUAUUCAUAGAACAAGCUUUCAAUC